UCCGCCAGCUCCUAGAAUUCGAGAUCGUAACUCGAGAGUAGUAAAGCAUGUUGGAUCAUACGUAUAUAUCAGCAGUCAAUGCCGUAUGACCUUGUUGCUCAUCAAGAGCAGGAAACACCUAUCCGUCGAUCACGAGCUUAAUGGCCAGCCAUGUCCUCGUCUUCCUAUCUCUGUCUCUGUUCCUUCUCGGAACACCAGCCGCCUGCAUUUCCGACAUGUUCGACCACGGCCGCAACAUCACCGACGGCGAGACGCUCGUCUCGUCCGGUGGGUUCUUCACGCUGGGUUUCUUCUCUCCUGGAGUGACCACCCGGAGGUACCUUGUAUGGUUCUCCGUCUCGGAGACCGCCGUGUGCUGGGUGGCCAACCGGGAACGGCCUCUCAAUGACACCUCCGGCGUGCUGGUGCUCGGCGACACCGGGAGGCUCUUCCUUCUAGACGGCUCCGGGCAGGUCGUCUGGUCCUCGAACUCGGUCGGCGCCGCUUCGGCGGUGGCGCGGCUGCUGCAUUCCGGCAACCUGGUCGUCCUCCGCCACCGGAACAGCAGCGCCGUCCUGUGGCAGUCGUUCGACCAUCCGUCGAACACCUUGCUGCCCGGCAUGAAGACCGGCAAGAAUCUGUGGACCGGAGCCGAGUGGUACCUCACGUCGUGGCGGUCGGCCAACGACCCGGCCCCCGGGCCAUACCGGCGAGGGACACAGACGGCCGGGCUUCCGGAGAACGUCGUGUGGCACGGCGGCGCGAAGAAGUACCGUACGGGCCCGUGGAACGCCCUUUGGUUCAACGGCGUGCCCGAGAUGCGGUCGUACGCCGACAUGUUCGCGUACUAGGUGACGGCGAGCCCCGGCGAGGUCACCUACGGCUACCACGCCAAGGCCGGCGCGCCCUUCUCCCUGCUCGUGGUGACCGAGGACGGCGCGAUCCAGCCCCUGGUCUGGGACCCCAGCAGCCGGGCGUGGAAGACCUUCUACAGCACGCCGCGGGACGUGUGCGACGCCUACGCCAGGUGCGGGCCGUUCGGCCUGUGCAACGUCAACGCCGCGUCCACGUCGUUCUGCGGCUGCGCCAAGGGGUUCGGCCCUGCGUCGCCGUCGGCGUGGCGCAUGAGGGAGGCCUCCGGCGGGUGCCGGCGGAACGUGCCGCUGGACUGCGGCAAUGGGACGACGACGACGGACGGGUUCGUGAUCGUUAGGAAUGUGAAGCUGCCCGACACGCACAACGCGUCGGUGGAGGAGUGCAGCGCGAGGUGCCUCGCAAACUGUUCGUGCGUGGCCUACGCCGCCGCGGACAUCCGAGGAGGUGGUGCUGGCAGUGGACGCAUCAUCUGGACCCAUGACAUUGUCGACGUCCGGUACACGGACAAAGGGCAGGACCUCUACCUUAGGCUCGCCAAGUCUGAAGUAGAAGAUGAUGCCAGGACCAGGAGGAUAAGUGCGGCCGUCAUCGCAGCCAUAUCUGUUGUUUGCGCCGUUGCGGCCAUUUUUCUUUCUGUAGCCUUCAUUAUCUGCAGGAACAUGAGACACAAAACUUGGCGUCUCGCACAAGUAUAUCUCGAAAUAAUGGCGUUGCUGAUGUGGAAGCACACAAGCCUCUGGAUGCUGCGGCUGUUGGCCACCGUAGAGAAGGCCACAGGGAAUUUCUCCAAAACGAAUGUGAUCGGCGAAGGCGCCUUCGGCAUCGUCUAUGAGGGUCAGCUACCGAAUGAUCAUCCUCUGGCCGGAGGACUACCUGGGAGAAAGGUCGCCGUGAAGAGGCUUAAGCUUUCAUCCCUGCCAAACAGAGUCCUGGACGAUUUCCCGAGGGAAGUGGCGGUCAUGUCCAAGCUCCGGCACGACAACCUCGUCCGGCUCCUCGCGUUCUGCGACCAGGGCAACGAGCGGCUGCUGGUGUACGAGUACAUGCAGAACAGGAGCCUGAAUCUCUACUGUAACACCCCACGCACUGACCCUGCAUUUCUUGAUGUAUCAUUGCUACACACCUUGAAACUUCAUUGCUUCAAAAACUGGAACUGACAGGAAAACUC